AUGCACUGCUCUCGGAUGGAGAACCUGGUGGAGACAGCUCGCAGAGAAGAUGAGUUCGGGGGCCGGAGCACGGGAGGGCUGGCAUGGGGGUUAACCAGGAGCCCCGCCGCGCAGCCCUCGGGUGGCCGCCCCCUGCGCCGUGACGGCGGCGAGAUAAGGUGCCGGGCGCUGCCCUCGCUCCCCGCCGUUAUCUCCCGCGGCGCCCCCAGCCCGGCGCCCGGCACUGAACGGCCGCCUUCUCCUCCUCCCGCCGCCCGGGCUCAGAGCGGCGGCAGCAGCGGCCGCGGCGACAGCUCCAGCUCCGACUCCGACUCCGGCUCCGGCUCCCGCGCCUGCCCUGCUCGGCCCCGCGCGCCCGGGCUCCGCGCCCCGACCCCGCCGCCGCGCCUGCCGGGGGCCUCGGGCGCCCCCGCCGCCCGCCUCACGCUGAAGUUCCUGGCCGUGCUGCUGGCCGCGGGCAUGCUGGCGUUCCUCGGUGCCGUCAUCUGCAUCAUCGCCAGCGUGCCCCUGGCGGCCAGCCCGGCGCGGGCGCUGCCCGGCAGCACCGACAACGCCUCGGUAACCUCGGGCGCCGCCGCGUCCCCAGGUCCGCAGCGCAGCCUGAGCGCGCUGCACGGCGCAGGUGGCUCGGCCGGGCCCCCCGCGCUGCCCGGGGCACCCGCGGCCAGCGCGCACCCGCUGCCGCCCGGGCCCCUGUUCAGCCGCUUCCUGUGCACGCCGCUGGCGGCCGCCUGCCCGUCGGGGGCCCAGCAGGGGGACGCGGCGGGUGCGGCGCCGGGAGAGCGUGAGGAGCUGCUGCUGCUGCAGAGUACGGCAGAGCAGCUGCGCCAGACGGCGCUGCAGCAGGAGGCGCGCAUCCGCGCCGACCAGGACACCAUCCGCGAGCUCACUGGCAAGCUGGGCCGCUGCGAGAGCGGCCUGCCGCGCGGCCUCCAGGGCGCGGGGCCCCGCCGCGACACCAUGGCCGACGGGUCCUGGGACUCACCCGCGCUCAUCCUGGAGCUGGAGGACGCCGUGCGCGCCCUGCGGGAUCGCAUCGACCGCCUGGAGCAGGAGCUCCCGGCCCGUGUGAACCUCUCAGCUGCCCCAGCCCCAGUCUCUGCUGUGCCCGCCGGCCUGCACUCCAAGAUGGACCAGCUGGAGGGGCAGCUGCUGGCCCAGGUGCUGGCACUGGAAAAGGAGCGCGCUGCCCUCAGCCACAGCGGGCGCCGGCAGCGGCAGGAAAUGGAGAAGGAAUUGGAUGUCCUGCAGGGUCGUGUGGCUGAACUGGAGCACGGAUCCUCAGCCUACAGUCCCCCAGACGCCUUCAAGAUCAGCAUCCCCAUCCGCAACAACUACAUGUACGCCCGCGUGCGGAAGGCACUGCCCGAGCUCUACGCAUUCACCGCCUGCAUGUGGCUGCGGUCCAGGUCCAGCGGCACUGGCCAGGGCACCCCCUUCUCCUACUCAGUGCCUGGGCAGGCCAACGAGAUUGUGCUGUUGGAGGCAGGCCAUGAGCCUAUGGAGCUGCUGAUCAAUGACAAGGUGGCGCAGCUGCCCCUGAGCCUGAAGGACAGUGGCUGGCACCACAUCUGCAUCGCCUGGACUACAAGGGAUGGCCUAUGGUCUGCCUACCAGGACGGGGAGCUACAGGGCUCUGGUGAGAACCUGGCUGCCUGGCACCCCAUCAAGCCUCAUGGGAUCCUUAUCUUGGGCCAGGAACAGGAUACCCUGGGCGGCCGGUUUGAUGCCACCCAGGCCUUUGUGGGUGACAUCACCCAGUUUAACCUGUGGGACCACGCUCUGACUCCAGCCCAGGUCCUGGGCAUUGCCAACUGCACCGCACCACUGCUGGGCAACGUCCUUCCCUGGGAAGAUAAGUUGGUGGAGGUCUUCGGGGGUGCAACGAAGGCCGCCUUUGAUGUCUGCAAGGGGAAGGCCAAGGCAUGAGGGCCACCUCAUCCAGGGCCCCUCCCUUGCCUGCCACUUUGGGGACUUGAGGGGGGUCACAUUCCCUCCUCAGCCUGCCCACACACUGGCCUUCCCUCCUGCCCCACUCCUGGCUGUGCCUCCCAUUUCCCCUCACCUGUACCCACACCUCCAGAAUGUCCCGCCCUGCGAGCGUGUCCCCUGUCCCCACCCGGGUGGAGAGGAGCGUCUCAAGGAAACAGUGGGAGCCUGCCCUCCUGGCAUUGCAUUGGAGUUUUCUCUUACCCCACCCCUCCCUGCCCAUCAAUUGCAUCUGAUGUCACUAAUUCUGACAGCACCCCCCGUAGGGUAGGGUUGUGUAUGGGGGGCUCCUCUAUUUCAGUGGUGGGAGUGUCUGUCCACCCCCUUGUCCUCCAUGCACCAGGCCCAGCAGCUUCCUCUUCAGGGCCACAACAGGCUGUAGAAGGAGAUGAAGAGGACAGUGGAGGUCACACUCACCCUCCUCCCUCUUUCCACCAGCUGCCAGUCAAGGGCAGUGGGAUCUCGAUGGAACCUCCCCAACCCCGCCCGCACCUCCCUCUUCCUCCUCUUUCCUCCUUUGUGUGUAGUGGUUUGAAUGUUGGUUCCAUGCCUGGCCCAGCCCCACCUCAGUCUUAGGGACAUUCCUUUCCCAGCUCCAGCCUGGAGGGAAGGGGACAAAGACCCCAGAAUGACAAAGGGCUGUAGUCACUCCUUGUGCUCACCCAUAUCGAUGGCCACUGGUAUAGUCACCCCUUCCCUUCUGUGCCAAGGAUGGGACCUGGGCCACUUCAGGCUGGGCUGGGAGUGGCCCUAAGGCAGAGGCCUCAUUGCCCAGGAGACCCCGCCUCUGGCAGAGCCACAUUACCUACCCCGUGCAUGGUCCUGGGGCAGGAGGGAAGAAGCUGAGGGGGUGGGAAGAAGCACAAAGCAGAGGGCAGAGCACUGGGUGAGAGAGGGGAGCCCUUGGUUCCUAGCCAGCCCUCCUAAUGUGCUGUGUGGCCUUCUGUACGUUCCUGACCUCUCUGGGCCUGGCCUUCCUCAUUCCUGAGCUGAGGCUCUCGCUUUGGUCAUUUGCUGUCCAGACUGGGUGUGAGCUUCUCUGUGAUUCCAGGUGAACAGGUGGGGAACGCCCUGGUGAUCCUGGGCUUAGCAGGGGUGGGUCCUGGGACUCAGCAGUAGAUGGGAUGAAGCCAGUCAGGGGUUAGGGUCAGCAGAGACUCAGAGUCAAGGGCAAGGUUCAAGGCCAACUAACCUCAUGCGUGGAUUGUAAAAAACCAGCUCCCUCUGGAUCAUCCCAGCCUGGCACCCCUUGCCUGUCUGAGAGUGUCUCAAAGAGCUAAUGGCUUCCUUGACCCCUUGAGGCAUUGCCAGCUUCCUCAAGAGAGUAUCAGAAUCUUAGAGCUGAGAGGCCAGGCGCAGUGGCUCAUGCCUGUAAUCCCAACACUUUGGGAGGCCAAGGUGGGUAGAUCCCUUGAGGUCAGGAGUUCAAGACCAGCCUGACCAACAUGGUGAAACCCCAUCUCCACUAAAAAAUACAAAAAUUAGCCAGGUGUGGAGGCGGGCGCCUCUAGUCCCAGCCACUUGGGAAGCUGAGGCAGGAGAAUCGCUCGAACCCGGAAGGUGGAGGUUGCAGUGAGCCAAGAUCACACCAUUGCACUCCAGCCUGGUCAACAGAGCAAGACUGCAUCUCAAAAAAAAAAAAAAAGAAUCUUAGAGCUGAGAAAAGCCACCCUGUCUAGCACCACAUCUGCUUGUGAGAAAUGGUUCAGGGAGGACACGUGACCUGCACAGGCUCACAGGGCACGAUGGGGCAGAGCCAGGACUAGAGCCCAGGGCAUCUGACUCCCUCUUCAGUGCUCUUCCCCUUCCAUGCUACCUGGCCCUGAGGGUCUUUGAAUUCAGUCUACACCUCAGCAGGUGGACACCUGAGAGGUCAGAUGCUUUCCAACAUGACAUCCAGAACAUCUUCCUUUACGCAACACCCAAAGAUCUUGGCAUCCCCACACUUCCUGGGGUGUUAUGAUCCCUGGGCACUUUGGCAGAAUGGAGACCUGAGGUGUCCCUCCCGUGCUAGUUAACCUACCAGGUGUCUGAGCAGCUGCAGGCUACCUGGCUCAAGUGGGCACUGGUACCUCUUGCGUACUUUUUUGUUCCCUGUCUGUCUCCACUCCCUGAGGCCACUUAGCCUGAGACAUGACGCAAGAGCUGCAGGCCGGGGGGCUCAGUGCCAUGGAAGCUCCUCUAAGACACAUUGCCUCCGGUGCCCAGAUGCUUGCUUCCAUUUCAAGAACAUAAAUAGAUUGCCAGCCCCUCCGGUCCAAUCCCACUGGAAGAAAAGGUGAUGUCGGGCUUCCGCCAGACCCGCUGAGACCUAGGUUGCCACGGUAACAGCCAAUGACAUCAACCCAAGUGCUGGGUCAAGUGUCUCAUCAUAAUGGCACUGUUGCUGGGGUGAUGGCAGAAUUCAGAACCUCGAUUUCAGUGACGCCAGGCUUGAUCUGUUUCUGUUAUUGUCUCGAAGAAGGUAGCUCUUACUGAAGGACAUGGGAGAAGGAUAGGGUCUUAACUAGGAGGUGGCGGCACUUGCCAGGUCACUUGGGCCCACCCAGACGCACGACCCCAUGUCCUUUAUGCUUGUCUCAGUGAAGAUGAGGGCUCUGAUGCCUGAGCCUUGUUCCCAUGCCACAUCACCCACUCAGCCUCCCAAAGGGAACAGGAACACGUUUCACCAGCGUGCCACUCUUUGGGUCCCACUUUUCCUAUCUCCUGCUGCUCCUGAGCACAUCCAAGCAGACAGAGAAAGAGGAACCAGACAUGGCACCUAGUCACAUCCUGUGUGCUCCUGGCUGAUAACCACAACUGAGCCUAUGUUUGUCCUGCCAUCUGGCACAGCACCGAGUGUGGCACGGGCACCGUACUGAUGAUCCUCACAACACGGUUCUGAGUCAGGACAUUCUUGGCUCCAUUAGACAGGUGAGGAAACGGCACAGAGAGGUGAUAUCAUCUGCCUGGUGUCAAUCAGCUAGCGAGUGAUGGAGCCCAGAUUUCAAACCACAGGGGGUUUGAAACCAAAGGUCCAGGGGCUGAGUAGCCCCUUACCUGUGUAGAGGGUCCAUCUAGGCACCAUUGCUCUGACGUGUUCCGACCCCGUUCUCCAGCCCACAGGGCUUGAAGUGGAGGAACAGAGGCAGGGGGUGGGUCAGCCCCAGGGUCCCCUCCGUGAAGCCGUGCCAGGGGGCUCAUUUGCUUCAAGGAAUGUGUCCCUCCCACAUCUGGGCCAGAGCUUCAGCCUUUCUCUAGCUCAACUGGAGUUCACAGGAGAACCAAAAAAGAAAAGGAAGCUGAGCAUCUCCCGAGGGUCCUGGGCAGGGAAAUUGCUGCUCCUCCAACUCCUGCUUGGAGCUAAGCCCUGCACCAGGUGCUUCCCAGCUGUUAUCUGCCAGAUCUUCCCAUCUUGUGGCACGAGGUGCCCCCACCAACAUCCCAAGGGGACCAAUUCCCUUGCCACAACUUUGCGUGACCUGGGACCACAGAUUUGGUCAGGAAGGGCUCCAAGAGAAGGCCGAAGCCCUCGUUUUUACAGAUGAGGACGCUGAAGCCUGGGGAGGGGAGGGACCCUCAAGACCACCCAGCUGGACACGGGAGACGAGCCCAGUCUUCUGUGUUCAGCCCUCUCUAGGACACAGUGGCCUCUCCCCAGCACUGAGUCGCCCUUUCUCUGUGCGUCCCAGCACCCUUGGCCUGAGAAAACUGGGAAAGGGGCUCCCUCCCAGAGAUGGGAUUACUCUCUUCGCCCCUUUAUUCCAGCUGCCUGCCACCCAGACCCCACCUCCCACCCUGAUCCUCUGACCCCUGGGUGGGGAAGGGGCUCACGUGGGGCCAGGCUGAGUGUGAGUGAGCAUGUCAAGUUGUCUGACACUGUGACAUUAAUGCACCCUAUUGACAACUCCUCCCCAGCCUCACCCCUUUCUCCUCUCCCUGUUUUGUACAUAAAUUGACAUGAGCCGCAACGUGUGUGCGUGUGUGUGUGUGUGUGUGUGUGUAUGUGUGUGUGUGAUCUGUGUCAUGGUUUUGUUACCUUUUUGUUUUUGUAAAUUUGAAUGUUCAAAAUAAACAUGCUGUUUACUCUGA